GUGAGUGCAAGAAGUUCUUUUUUCGGACAUCAAGGAAAAUUUUUCAUAUUCAAAAUUAAAAAAAAAACCGAAUAGAUAUUAAUUAAAAUUUAUAAAAUCUUAACGACCGGAUAAAGAACUAAUCAUUUUCUAAAACAUUUGUUAAAAAUAUCGACUAAAAUGAAUAGAAACUUAUCGACGUGCACAUACAAAAUUUUAUAAGACAAGAGGAGCAAAGAACUUCUAAGUAUCAAAAAAGAGAAAGAGAGAAAAAAAGAAAAAAUCUAUUGUAGUUGAUAUACAAGUUAAGUAGGAAAAGUGGCGAAAAGAGCAGAACCGCAGCAACGAGUGCAGUCGCAGCAAAAUAUUGUAAAUAUCUAAAAAGAGAUUACAGAAAAUAUCUGAAAAUAAGAGGAAGAUAUGAAAUAUAUUGUGUUUUUAUAUGCGAUGGGAAUAUUUUACGUUUAAAUAAACUGAAAGCUUGUAAUAAUAAAAAGCGACAUUUUACCAAAUGUUUCUAAAGUAAAGAAAGAAACUUAUACUAAUAAUAACAAUAGAAAACAAUACACACACGCAUAUUCGUGAGAAAAUGAAGUAAUAUUAAAACUACAAUAUAAAUUUUUAAAAAAAGUUCAAUCCUUAACAAAGUCUGUUUAAACGAAUCGACAAGUUGAAAAUGUAAAUGUAACAAAAAAAAAAAAAGAAGUUACUUGAUUAUAAAAAAAAAGAGAGAAAAAAAACGCCAAUCGAACGGUCCAGUAGAAGAAUUUGUGUAAUACAUCAUUUAGAACGACAGCAGCGAAGCUAACUUUAACGUUGAAUAUUAUACGAUUCUGUGUUGAUUGGCUGCUUAAUGCGAAAUGCUUUGCAGUAUUUUAUUUGUAAUGUGCACACACAUACUGCAGAUCGUCGCAUAACUAAAUAAAUUUGUGAUAAUCGCACAAUAACAACGAUUUUUUUACUUAAGAGCGUCGGGGCAGCCGCUCAUCCAAACAGACAAAAAGAAAAUCCUUGUCAUUACUCCUUAACACUGCAUACAUAUAUGCAUAUAUAUUGUAAAGAUAACGAUAAUAAAAGCUAAUCAUAAAAAGCCAACGUUUUAUUUCCUCCCUUCGUCUACUACCACAAGAUAAUAGUGAUUGUUUUUCAUUUUUUUUUUUUCUCAUUUUGGAUUGAAUCCGUUUACAUUUUCAUGUCGCUUAUCGUAAUUUCAAACGAAUCUCGGUUACAAUAAAUAACGAGGUAACAUAACACACGCACACCAAAAAAAAAAAAAAAAAAAAUUCAACUGGUUGUAACAAUAACACUUCUAACAACAACCUCUUCUUAAUUAUAAGUGCAACUUGCAAGUAGUAAAUAUAAAAAAAAAACAAAAAAAGAAGCAAAUAACUCACCUUUUUCCAUUAUGUUUACGGGUAAAUUACAAAUAAAAGUCUGCGAGGCGAUUGGUUUGCGCCCUACAGAUUUCCAAAAGCGUCAUAAUCUAACAUUUGGAAAGCUAGCAGAUGAUCAACUCAUUGACCCGUACGUCUCGAUCGAUGUGGAUGACGUUCAUUUUGACCGUUCAACUACACGCCCGAAAACUUUCGAUCCCGUUUGGAAUGAACAAUUCGUACACGAUGUUACGAAUGGUAAAAAUAUUAAUUUAACAGUAUUCCAUGAUGCUGCACUCCCACCGGAUGAUUUCGUUGCUAAUUGCAUAAUACCUUUUGAAGAUAUUAUGCAACAUGAGUCUCCUGUGCCUGAUUUGUGGGUUAAUUUGGAACCUCAAGGCAAGAUACACGUCAUACUUGAAUUGAAAAAUCGCAGCGGUAAAUCAAAAAAUCAAAAUAAAGAUGCUACCGAAGUGGAUCAUGCGAUUAGCGGCGCUGGCGCCAAUAAAGAAUUUAAAGAACGUGCCGGUUUUAAUCGUCGUCGCGGAGCCAUGCGACGUCGAGUGCAUCAGGUUAAUGGUCAUAAAUUUAUGGCGACAUUUUUACGUCAACCGACAUUUUGUUCACAUUGUCGAGAAUUCAUUUGGGGAAUUGGUAAGCAAGGAUACCAAUGUCAAGUUUGCACCUGUGUGGUACAUAAGAGAUGUCAUCGUUCAGUCGUUACCAAAUGUCCAGGAAUGCGCGAAGAGCAAAAUAAUUUGGAACCUGUGCCGGCAGGUCAGAGAUUCAAUGUCAAUGUGCCACAUCGUUUUGUAGUCCAUAAUUAUAAACGCUUUACAUUUUGCGAUCAUUGCGGAUCGUUGUUGUACGGUCUCAUUAAACAGGGUCUGCAGUGCGAGGUGUGUAAUAUGAAUGUGCAUAAACGUUGCCAAAAGAAUGUUGCAAAUACUUGUGGCAUUAAUACUAAGCAAAUGGCGGAAAUUCUCAGCUCAUUGGGCAUUUCUCCCGAUAAACAGGCCCCAAGACGUUCUAAGUAUUUAAGUCAACCUGGCGGUGAAGAUAACUAUGGUGUUAGUAUUCAUAGCGAAAGCAGCGAUUGUAUAUCGACUGGAACGCGUAGUUCAACUAUGUCGCUACAGACUUUAAGUUCCGGUACAUCUGGUGGUAUUACGGUGGGCAGUGCCGGCACCGAUUUGAGUUCUUCAAAUGCCAAUCGUUACUAUGACUCGCGUCCCGGUAAAACAGCCUUACAAGAUUUCAAUUUCAUUAAGGUCUUAGGCAAAGGCUCAUUCGGUAAGGUGAUGUUAGCCGAAAAGAAAGGCACCGAUGAAAUUUACGCCAUUAAAGUAUUGAAAAAAGAUGCCAUAAUACAAGAUGACGAUGUCGAUUGUACAAUGACCGAAAAACGUAUACUAGCUUUGGCUGCGCAUCAUCCAUUUUUGACGGCUUUACAUUCCUGUUUUCAAACUCCGGAUCGUUUAUUUUUUGUUAUGGAGUAUGUUAACGGUGGCGAUUUAAUGUUUCAAAUUCAAAAGGCCCGACGUUUUGAGGCGGCUCGCGCUGCCUUUUACGCAGCCGAAGUAACAUUGGCUUUACAAUUUUUACACUCAGCCGGUGUUAUAUAUCGCGAUUUGAAAUUGGAUAAUAUCCUGCUGGAUCAGGAGGGCCACUGUAAAUUAGCUGAUUUUGGCAUGUGCAAGGAAGGCAUUAUGAAUGGCGUGUUAACAACCACAUUUUGCGGUACUCCCGACUAUAUAGCUCCAGAGAUUUUAAAAGAACAAGAGUAUGGCGCGUCAGUUGAUUGGUGGGCCCUUGGUGUUCUCAUGUACGAAAUGAUGGCGGGUCAGCCACCUUUUGAAGCCGAUAACGAAGACGAAUUAUUUGAUUCGAUUAUGCACGACGAUGUUUUAUAUCCAGUUUGGCUAUCACGCGAAUCUGUGUCCAUUUUGAAAGGUUUUUUGACUAAAAAUCCUGAUCAGCGUCUGGGCUGUUCGGGUGAUGAAAAUGAAAUACGUCGCCAUCCAUUCUUUGCUAAAUUGGAUUGGGAUGAAUUAGAAAAACGCAACAUGAAACCGCCAUUCCGACCGAAAAUGAAAAAUCCACGAGAUGCCAAUAAUUUUGAUACAGAAUUUACUAAAGAGGAACCAGUAUUAACGCCCAUACCACCUGACGUAGUACGUUGCAUAAAUCAAGACGAAUUCGCUGGUUUCUCCUACGUCAAUCCUAAAUUUGGUCCCGAGCGAAAAGUUUUUUAAAAGAAGCCGCAUCGUAGACGCAACGUUAAGCAAACAAAUCUAGUACGCUUCAGAAAUGCGUGCAAAACUAUUGGUUUUUACUGCACACAACUAAUUUAGUGAUUUUGAAAAAACAAAAAAAAAAAAACAAAGUUGAAAUCUCGUUUUUAAAUUUGAAACGCGGAACAAAAAAUUUAUUUUUAUAUUAUUAUUAUUAUUAUUGUUAGUAUUUAUUUAGGCAGCAAUGUUAAUGUUAAACUAUUUUCUGUUUUGUUUUUUUUUUUUUUUUUUUUUUUUAGAAUUUAUAGUAACUUGUGCUACAAAUUCUACGAUUUAUUAUUUAUUUUUUUAUUUUUUAUCAUAAACAUUAUGAUGAUUGCUUCUUGAAUGAAAAAAUUUUUAACUGUUUGUUUUACGAUUUAAGUUUCACGCAUAUAUUUUCGGUUGUAUAAUGGAAAAAAAAAGUGAAAAAUAGAAAAAAUUGUAUUUACAAAAAAUAGUAUAGAAAAAAUUAUGUAUAUGUUUAAGCAAAUUAGGGAUUUAAUUAGAAACCUCUUAAUAAAAGCAAGAAUUCAACAAAAAAAAAAAAGGAAAAAACGCAACGUUUGCUAAAAACCACAAAACAUGUUCCAACGUUUACAGAACAACAUAAAAAAACAAAAAAAAAAAAAAA